UUUAAAAAGUUGUUAUUCUUUUGUUGAGCAAACUAAAAAGGAACGAAAAGAGUAGUCUAAGUUAUCCCAAAUUUAGAUUAUUCUCAAGGAUUUUGUAUUUGGGUUGCAUUUUGACCCCUCAAAAUUACACUUUCUAAUUUUAUAUUUUUUUACGCAAAUGUUUGAACUAAGCCUAGAUGAGCCUAUACUAAAAGUAGAUUAAUUUUAAUUUUGUCACAUUCUAUUCUCAGUUCACAAUCUUGAUGUAAGCAAGCAUCUAAGAUGUGAAAAAGACCAGGAGCUGAUUGAUUACUGUCGCAAGAGGGGGCAAAAUUGUGAAGCAGUGGAUAUUGGCAGAGCAACUUUUAGAACUUCCUUAAAUUUGUUGUCCAACACUGUUUUCUCUAAAGAUUUGACUGACCCAUUCUCAGAUACUGCUAAGGAAUUUAAGGAAUUGGUGAACUAUUUCCCUUUUCUUCAGAGAAUUGAUCCACAGGGUAUAAGGCGGCGCAGGACAAAUCAUUUUACUAUGGUUCUUCAACUUAUGAGUGGUUUGAUUGAUGAGCGGCUAAAGGAAAGGAAACUGGGAAAACAUACAAAUGCUGAUGUUUUAGAUUCCCUUCUCAACAUUAGCCCUGAAGAAAUCGACAAGAAUCAUAUCGAGCGUCUGUUUCUGGACUUGUUUGUCGCAGGGACAGAUACUACAUCAAAUACAUUGGAGUGGGCAAUGGCUGAACUACUCAAGAAUCCACACACUUUGGAGAAAGCACAAGAAGAACUUGAACAAGUGAUUGGCAGAGGAAAACUAAUAGAUGAAGCUGAUGUUGCAAAUUACCUUUACUUUAGGUGCAUCGUGAAAGAAACCUUCCGAAUACGCCCACAAGCUCCUUUCUUAGUUCGCCACAAAGCAGUGGAAGAUGUUGAGUUUUGUGGGUAUAUUAUUCCAAAAGACUCGCUAGUUCUUGUAAAUGUAUGGGCAAUAGGGCGUGACUCUAGUCUAUGGGAAGACCCUUUGGACUUCAAGUCGGAGAGGUUUUGGGAUUCAGAAAUUAGUGUUAGAGGCCAGGAUUUUGAGCUAAUUCCAUUUGGCGCUGGUCGAAGAAUUUGCCCUGAAUUGCCUUUGGCUAUCAGGAUGAUUCCAGUAGCACUAGGUUCACUGCUAAAUACCUUUAAUUGGAAGCUACCUAGUGGAAUUGCACCUAAAGAUUUGGACAUGGAGGAAAAUUUUGGUAUUACCUUGGCAAAAGCUCAACCUCUGCUUGUUUUACCUAUACCACUAUAGAUGUUGCAAUAAACUUGAGAUUUUAGGUUAGCUGAUUAUGAAUACUACAAGGGAAAAAGUUUAAAUAUUCCACUAAACUAUCAGAAAUGAUUAAUUUAUGUAAUCCAUAAGUUAAACUCAUUUAUGUCAUCACCGUUAUAAAAUCGGUUCAUUCAUGCUAUUACU